GACUCAUCUUCUUCUUCUGCUUCUUCUUCUUCACCAGAAGAGAAUCUAGGGUUCCAGAUUUACUCUUCCAUCUCUGUUACAUUUGAAGAUAAAUAAAUAAAAAAAACCCAACCUUUAUUCCGACUUAGCGCUUCCAUGGCGAAAACUCGACCAGGAGUCCCGUCGAAAAUCAAACCUGGGAGGAAGGAGCUUGACUCUUACACCAUCAAAGGCACCAACAAAGUCGUCAGAGCUGGAGAUUGUGUGUUGAUGCGUCCCUCAGAUGCUGGUAAGCCACCGUACGUGGCCCGUGUUGAGAAGAUCGAAGCGGACGCUAGGAACAACGUGAAGGUGCACUGUCGGUGGUAUUACCGCCCUGAGGAGUCCCUUGGCGGCAGGAGACAGUUCCAUGGAGCCAAAGAGCUUUUCUUGUCUGACCAUUUUGAUGUUCAGAGCGCGCACACCAUUGAAGGAAAAUGCAUUGUUCACACCUUCAAGAACUAUACGAGGCUCGAAAACGUUGGUGCUGAGGAUUAUUAUUGUAGGUUCGAGUACAAGGCUGCUACUGGUGCAUUCACCCCUGACCGAGUUGCUGUGUAUUGCAAAUGUGAAAUGCCUUAUAAUCCAGACGAUCUCAUGGUGCAAUGUGAAGGUUGCAAAGACUGGUAUCAUCCUGCGUGUGUGGGAAUGACGAUUGAAGAAGCAAAGAAGCUUGAUCACUUUGUGUGUGCUGAAUGCAGUUCUGAUGAUGAUGUCAAGAAAUCGCUGAACGGGUUUGCUGCAUCUCCAGCUGAUGAUGUCAAGGUGGAAACAAAGCGCAGAAAAAGAUAAUCUCGAGGGGGUUCUCAUGGGUACAAGCCACAGGGGGGCUGGGAAGUUAGUCAUAACUUGGAAGCACUUUGGUGGGGAUUUUAGUAAGUUAGGUUUUUUCUUGUCUAUGUCGUCAUGGUUGUGAUUAUGUAUUUAUGGUGCUGUUCCAAAACUAAGAGAAAAAGAGAGAUCGGAGAGAUGUUGAAGACAAGUUAUGGUGGCAGAGUCUGUUGUAUAGACUUUUCUGUGGGGGUCUAAGUUAACUUUAGGUCUGUGUUCAUUGUGGCUAUGUUGUUUUGUUGUGUCUGAUGAGAACAUGAAGAGCGCUUAUGAUUUUGGGUUGUUCCAACAAAAACUAACGUCAUAUUUAUCUUCAA